AUGGAGCUGAAUGGUUUGAAUGUGACUUGUGCCUGCUCCAAGAUACUAAAGUAUCGACGAGAAGAACCGCUACUUCCUCAAAGUUUAUCCAAGCCUGGUACUUUAGGAGUCAUCGUGGCCAUCGUGUGGGCUCCCAACCUGCUCCGAAGCCCACGGCCGCAACACGCUUUGCAAGGCGUCGCUGUCCAGUUGCCUGAACGGGUCGUAGUGUACGAGCAAGGUGACGUAGACGGUAUGCUGUACAGAGUCAAGGAAAAGCUGUCGCAGAAGAUUGACUGCUCCCUGUUGGUCGCCACUAGCGAUGCCCUGUUGCUUUGUCAGGAUACAAAAUUAGUGAUGAUUGGAAGGCGUGUGCCGAAAUAUUGGACGGUGCCCACUGCAAUACGUUACGUUAAAGUAACCACAUUGUAUUUUGAAGAAGUUUUAUUACUGGGACUCUUGAAUGGUCAAAUAUGGCAAGUGGAACCAAGCGAUGGCAGCUCCAAAAUGAUUCUUCAGACGCCGGCCAGCGUACGUUGCUUAGACGUGAGCGCAUCUCGCGGACGCCUGGCAGUCGUAGACGAGGCGUCUGUGUGUCGCGUGUAUAGCCUGCCCACCGGGGAACUGUUGUACACGGAAGAAAACGUAUCGUCGGUUUCGUGGAACUCGUGGUGCGAUGAACUACUGGGUCUUUCCGGUGGAGGCUUGCUGUCCAUCAAGGCAGGCAACUUCCCACCGGCCACGCAGCCCCUUAUUGGCUCUGUAGUCGGUUUUCAGGGUGGUCGAGUAUUUUGUUUGCAAGCCAAUUCGAUGCAGACGAUAAACGUUCCAUUAUCUCACGCUGUUCAUCAAUACACGCAACAAAAGCUUUUCAACGAGGCCUACGCUGUGGCGUGUCUAGGCGUGACGCCUUCAGAUUGGGAGCGGCUUGGGAUGGCGGCGCUUGAAGAGCUUUCCUUCGAGGUCGCGAGGAAAGCCUUUCAGCGGAGCGAGAACAUUGUCUACCUCACUCUUAUAGACCAUCUGCAGGAGCGCCUGGAAGCCGGCGAGAAGCGAGCGGUGAUCGUGGGCGAGGUCCUGGCGUACCGCGGGCGGUAUGCCGACGCCGCGCGCUCCUUCCACAGCGUGGGCCGAGACGAGCGCGCUUUGAACCUGUACGUCGACCUGCGAAUGUUCAACAAGGCACAGGAGUACGUGGGCGAGGGCGAAGGCCUGGCGGCGCUGGCGCGGCGCCGCGCAGAGUGGGCUCGCCACGUGAACGAACCGCGAGCCGCCGCUGAGAUGUAUCUGGCGGCUGGCGACGUGCAGAAGGCGGCACAACUUAUGGCCGAGAGCGGCCGCCGGGACAUGUUGAUCGAGCUAGCCCGCAAGCUGGACAAAGGCUCCAGCGAGUCUCUACGGUACGUCGCAGAAGCCCUAGUGACCGCCGGCGAGCACGUCACCGCCGCCGACGUGUAUCAGCGGCUCGGCGACUACAGGAAAGUAGCACAACUGGCCAUAUCCGCGGGCGAAUGGUCCCGAGCAUUCACGCUCGCUCGCGAGCACUCCGAAUGUAAACGGGACGUGUAUCUGCCCUACGCACAUCACAUGGCGCGCGAGAACAAAUUCGUCGAAGCUCAGAAAGCUUACCACAUGGCUGGGGAGAUUGAGACAGCGGUCCACGUGUUCACGAUUCUGGUAGGAAACGCGGUGGCAGAGGAAAGGUUCAGCGACGCUGGUUACUUGCACCAUCUCCUCGCUAUGCAGUGUCUAGAGAGGGCUGAUACUCAUGACGUCAAAGAGCGCGAGUCCAGCCUCCGCCAGUACGCGCACAACGAGCGUCUCGCGCGCGUGUACCACGCGUACGAGGCGGUGCACCGCUGCGUGCACGAGCCGUUUUCGCUCAGCCAACCCGACGCGUUGCUGAACGCGGCGCGUUACGUGCUAGCGCUGAUUGACUCGGGCCCGCCGCCUGGGGUCUCUAAAUUCUGCCUGUACUUAUGCCUGGCGAAGCAAGCGAAGGCUCUGAACGCGCACACGCUCGCCCGGCAAAUGCUGGACAAGAUCUUAGCGCUGCAAAUACCACAGAAGUUUCAGGAAAGCGUCGAACUAAUGAUACUGAAGAUCCGAGCGAGCUGCGGCGGCGAGACGCGAGAUGAAGAAGUGGCGCCGCUGUGCUGGCGCUGCCGCCGCCACGCGCCGCCGCUGUGCGCCACGCGCUGCCCGCACUGCCGCCACGCACUAGCGCACUCCCUGGCCACUCAUGAGGUGUUGCCGCUAGUGCAGUUCGAGCCAGAAGAGGGCAUCACGUUCGAAGAAGCGAUGGAGCUGAUCGAACGCUCUCCUCUCCCGGAGACACAAGAUCGCGAGGACACAGGUGGUGCUGAGGUGCUGCGGAUAGACCGUGAUCCUGAUGCCUCAGACCCCUUCCUGGACAAAGCUGACGAGGAUAACGAGAGCGGCGUGGUGGUGUGCAGUCGACAGGCACUGUUACAGCUAAGUCCCGGCUGUGUGGUGUGCGUGACGCGUCCGCCGCUGCCGCCGAAACUCUACCGCAAUAUGCUGCCCGAGUUGCCGUGUGUGGCCUGCCACCAUUGCCGCCACCUGUUCUACAUGGAGGACUACGAGAUACAACUGGUGACGAAAGGACACUGCCCAUUCUGCCGGCAUCCUAAAGAUGAGGCCGUAGAGGACGGCACAGACGACUCCAUGCUCAACGGAUCCAUAACCUCUUCUCCGGCUAGUCCCGGCAACGGCCAUGGCUCUUGGAACUGAUAUUUGUCAAGAUGUUUGUCAACAUAUUUGUACGUAUCACAGAUAUUUGUCAAGAUGUUUGUCAACAUGUUUGUACGUAUCUUUCGUCUUUGGUAAGUUAGUAUUUUUCGCAAAUACGAUUUCCAAUAUUUUCGAAGACAGUUUUUACAAAUACAUAUAGCGUACCUAAUCUAUCAUCAGUUUCGUGACAGAAUGCUUCAACAACUUUCCACGCAGUUCAAAUAUUUGCACAAAUAUGUGCCAAUGGCCUUUCACACACAGUUUUUAUGCAUCUUCACAAACAUCUUGACACGUGUUAGUAACCGGCAUAACAAUCAAAACAAAUAAUUAUUCGGUAAGUCAAUAUUUUUUAUAACAUGAACAAAGAAUGAAUGACCAAUAAUUUACUUGAAUAUAGGUAUCUAGAUAAGCUAGAGAGAGGUUGUAAAAAUGUGUCAUAAUAGUAAAUACCGUACAAACCUCGACGUACAAUUUUAAUUAUAAUUAACUACACAAAUAUGAAUUAAACUUUAGUGUUUUAAAACAUUGAGUGGCUUAGUUACUUAAUUAUUAUUAAGAAUAGGAAUACAAAUACAGUCAAACUGAAUGUCAAUGAUAAUGAGGAUUUAUACCAUUCGAAAUAAAGUUCAAAAUGGAUUAAUGUGUUUGACAACUUGAUAAAGAAAUUUGAUUUGAUAAAAAAUAGUGCAUUUAAUAUUUAGCUGAAAGUAAAUAUUGUGAUGAUUUCAAUCCGUCCUACUUAUACAUACAUAUAUUUAUGAACUUAUUUAUAUUUUAAAUUAGAAUGUACUAUAUUUAUUAAAUAAGAUCUGUAUUUCUGCGUACUGCUAGUACACUCAGCAUCAAAUAGUUUGUGACACUCAAAGUGGCCAACCUUAUUCCGACUAACAAAUAGGUGUUGUGAUUAUUGGUACUGUCAGGCAACAAUCAACAACAGUUGUGAACGUAUUGCUGUGUCACGAACUAUUUAUUUAUUUGACGCUGACUGUACCACAUUGUGCGAAGAGUUUCCAAUAAAUGGUUUUAGGGUUUUAGCUCUUUAUAGUGCUAACUGACACCUAAAAAUAUGGACAAUGCUGAUUUUUUUGGGCUUAUAAAAUCCCACCAUGCAUUUCUUGUUAUAAGGAUGUGAUGUCUCAAAUGGAU